AUGAAGGUCUCUUUCACUGGCACGGCCAUUCUAGGCUUGCUGAUCUCUUCGAUCCACUGCUCACCCAUUGUCAACGCUCUAUCAAGUCCGAGCAUCUUCCCUCGCGCUGUGCCAUUGCCAGGCAAAGAUGGCACUUUCACCGACUCAAAGCUGAAGAUGAGGAGCGCCAUUACUUGUCCGAACGAUAUAAAGGGACGUAAAGGAGGAGUGGUGUUGCUGGUCCACGGGACAGCAUUGGAUGGUCAGAACAGCUGGCCACAGAGUCCCUUCGUCCAGCUCUUGCCUAGUGCAGGACCCGGCUUUGAUGUCUGCUGGGUGACGCUACCCAACAAAGGCUUGUCCGACGUACAAGUGGGCGGAGAAUACGUGGCCUACGCCAUUCAAUUCCUCUCGCGGCGGUCCUCGACGGGCAAAGUGUCUCUUGUCGGCCACUCCCAGGGUGGCGGUCUAAACAUUCCCCACGCGCUCAUCUACUUCCCAACAGCCCGUUCCAAAGUAUCUUCCUUCGUAGGACUAGCUGCCGAUUUCCACGGUACCACUUUAUUGCCAGACCCCGUGUGCGCCGUGCAGACCAUCCUCAGUGGCGGAAAAGGCUGCAGCGCUAGCUUUUUGCAACAAAAGAUGGACAGCCAGUACUUGAAGGCUCAGCAAUACUUUAUGAGCCAGGAGAUCGUCCCCACGACGAGCGUCUUCACUCGAACGGAUGAGAUUGUGAUUCCUCAAAUCGGUCCCAGCACCUCGUCGCGUCUUCAAGGUUCCGUACAAGUGCCGAUUCAGGAUUUCUGCGGACCUUUAGCAAUAGCGGACCACCUGAGCAUGCUCGCAACACCCGUAGCCUACGCCAUGACCCUAGCCGCCUUCAUCUCGCCCACCGGCAAGCCCAACUUGAACACGUUUGACAAGAAUCAAUGCUAUAACCUCACGAAUGCCAAUCUCAACUUGGACGACGUCGUUCCGACUGUGGACUUCGUGACCACCUUGGUAGGCAGCGUGGCCGGUAGCGGUGGCGUCUACACCAAAGGCGAACCACCUCUCAAGCCCUACAUCUGCCAGAAUGACGCACCAGUGCGAUGCAGCUGA